CGAGACCAAGAAAGGAACGGACCGCCGGAAGCCGUGAAGGCCCGGGCCAUCUAAAGCGUCCAGCUCUCGGAGGCGGAGCGAAGGGCGCACAACAUGGCCGGGCUGGAGCUCCUGUCCGACCAGGGUUACCGGAUAGACGGUCGGCGCGCCGGAGAGCUGCGCAAGAUCCAGGCGCGGAUGGGCGUGUUUGCUCAGGCCGACGGCUCGGCUUAUAUCGAGCAGGGCAACACUAAGGCGCUGGCUGUUGUCUACGGGCCUCACGAGAUCCGGGGCUCCCGGUCUCGAGCCCUGCCUGACCGGGCUCUUGUGAACUGUCAGUAUAGUUCAGCAACCUUCAGCACAGGUGAGCGUAAGCGAAGGCCUCAUGGGGACCGUAAAUCUUGUGAGAUGGGGCUGCAGCUCCGCCAGACCUUCGAGGCGGCCAUCCUCACACAGCUGCACCCACGCUCCCAGAUUGACAUCUAUGUGCAGGUGCUGCAGGCGGACGGUGGGACCUAUGCAGCAUGUGUGAAUGCAGCCACGCUGGCAGUGAUGGACGCCGGGAUACCCAUGCGGGACUUCGUAUGUGCGUGUUCAGCUGGCUUUGUGGAUGGCACAGCACUAGCAGACCUCAGCCACGUGGAGGAAGCUGCUGGGGGCCCCCAGCUAGCCCUGGCCCUGCUGCCAGCCUCAGGCCAGAUUGCACUGCUUGAGAUGGACUCGAGGCUGCAUGAAGACCACUUGGAGCAGGUGCUAGAGGCUGCUGCCCAGGCAGCUCGAGAUGUGCACACUCUGCUGGAUCGUGUAGUCCGGCAGCACGUGCAGGAGGCCUCUAUCUUACUGGGGGACUGAGUGCCAACCACCCAAAUCCGGAAUAAAAACCUGAUCCUCUUGCUGAACACAGCUUACUGUACAGCACUUCGAAGCCACUCAGAGCCCUGCAGGGCACAGUUGGUAGUGAUGUCCAUAAAUGGAGAGGGGACUUGUGCUAGGAAGAGCAAGAGUGCGCAAGCCCUCAGACUGAGGAAUACGCCAUGCUCACACAGCCCAUCUGGAACCUGAGCACAAGGUUGAGGUAGCACUCAGCUGCCUAUGGGUGCCUAUCAUUGGAGGGGUAAGGUUAAACUAAAUAAAGUGGUUCUCAACUUGA